AUGUCCGCCGCUGUCGCCCCCGCCCCGGCCUCGUCGCCGCAGAAGCUGGAGAAGAAGCCCAUCAAGUUCUCCAACUUGCUGCUGGGCGCUGGGCUCAACAUGUUUGAGGUCACCACCCUCGGUCAGCCCCUGGAGGUCACCAAAACCACCAUGGCCGCUCACCGCAGCGAUGGCUUCGCGACAGCUCUGGGCCGCAUCUGGAACCGCGGUGGUAUUCUCGGCUUUUACCAGGGUCUGAUUCCCUGGGCUUGGAUCGAAGCGUCGACCAAGGGCGCCGUGCUGCUCUUUGUCGCUUCCGAGGCUGAAUACUAUGCCCGCAACGCGGGCGCCAACGAGUUCGGUGGCGGUAUCAUUGGCGGCGUGACUGGCGGUGUUGCUCAGGCAUACGCGACCAUGGGUUUCUGCACUUGCAUGAAGACGGUCGAGAUCACCAAGCACAAGGUGGCGGCCGCAGGCCAAAAGGCGCCCGGUACCUGGGCUACCUUCAUGGACAUCUACCGCCGCGAGGGUAUUCGCGGCAUCAACAGGGGUGUCAACGCCGUCGCCAUCCGUCAAAUGACCAACUGGGGCUCGCGCUUCGGUCUGAGCCGGCUCGCCGAGCAGGGCAUCCGCAAGGUCACCCACAAGGAGCACGGCGAGAAGCUGAAUGCCUUUGAGAAGAUCACCGCCUCGGCUCUUGGUGGUGGCCUCUCGGCCUGGAACCAGCCCAUCGAGGUCAUCCGUGUCGAGAUGCAGAGCAAGAAGGACGACCCCAACCGUCCCAAGAAGAUGACCGUCGGCAACACCUUCCGGUACAUCUACGACAGCAACGGCAUCAAGGGCCUGUACCGCGGCGUCGCGCCCCGCAUCGGCCUGGGUAUCUGGCAGACGGUGUGCAUGGUUGCCAUGGGUGACAUGGCGAAGACGUAUGUCGAGAAGCUUACGGGCGACCAGGUCACGGCAAAGCAUUAA